AAUCUGCUUCUACUCCUAGAAAGUGUCACAAAACUUAACGUGAGCUCUUUUUAAUUUUAUGCUUUUAGUUUUAACCACAGUAAUGUUCAACAUGUGGAAGUAACUGACGUCCACCACUGUCCACUGCUGGGUCAGAGCUGGCAGUGAUGCAGACUGGUGCUCAGGUCACCGGCAGCGUCCGUCUUCAGAUCCCUUCACAACCCAGUCCAGAACCUGUCCUGCUGGACCCCGUCAGACCAGUCCUGGUUCCAGGCGUCGUCAGUCCUGAGCGCAGGAUGGAGAGAAACGUCCAGCCUCAGACUCCACAGUCGCCCAGGAGCUGUGGUUCAGCAGGAGGUGCCUGUGGGAGCCUGGACAUGAGGGUGACCGCUCUUCUGCUGACUCUGGCUGGAGCUGUGAUCCUGCUGCUGCUCUACAGACUCUUACAGCUGAGACACAGGUUGAAGGUUAUGAGUGCGAGACACGCUCUGCAGUAUCACGGCUUCUACCGCACGGCCACGUACACGUUCAAACACCCGGCACCCGCUCAGGACCUGCCACUCAAGAAUGGGACUGUCCUUGAUGCUACUCUGCCAGUACAAACUGUCACCACCAUCACGCCCCUGCCUCCACCACCACCACCACCGGAACCUGGUCCACCUCCACCACUGCUCCCCCCACCUCCACUUAGACCUCCACCCGCUCUCCCUGAGACACCUCCCCUCCUGCCACUGCCCCUCCCCCUGCCUGUGAUCCACACCACCCCGCCCAGUCCUCACCUAUCAUGGGGGGCGUGUUCUGACGUAGACGUCUACUCUCGGAUCGGAACUUUCAGGGCGUCCAGGUUAUCCAGUCUCUCCAACCAGUCUAAGGUCAUCCUGUUUGAACACUCAUCCUUCUGAUGAUGAUGACGAUAUGCUCUGAAAACUGUAUGAACACUGUCUAUUCAACGUUUAAAUAACAUCAGGGAUGUUCCAGGGUCCAAACAAAUGAAGUUUGAUAAGAUAUAUUCAUUAUUUAAACUUUAUGAGCUUCCACAUUAAAGAAUGUUAUUCCAGAAUUAUUCAACUACAGUGUUUUUACAGUGUAGUUUCUGUGUUUUUAUAUGCCACAGAAUCCACACUGACGGUUUUUACAGUGUAGGUUCUGUAUUUUUAUAUGCCACAGAAUCCACACUGACGGUUUUUACAGUGUUGUUUCUGUGUUUUUAUAUGCCACAGAAUCCACACUGACGGUUUUUACAGUGCUGUUUCUGUGUUUUUAUAUGCCACAGAAUCCACACUGACGGUUUUUACAGUGCUGUUUCUGUGUUUUUAUAUGCCACAGAAUCCACACUGACGGUUUUUACAGUGCUGUUUCUGUGUUUUUAUAUGCCACAGAAUCCACACUGACGGUUUUUACAGUGUACUUUCUGUGUUUUUAUAUGCCACAGAAUCCACACUGACGGUUUUUACAGUAUAGUUUCUGUGUUUUCAUAUGCCACAGAAUCCACACUGACGGUUUUUACAGUAUAGUUUCUGUGUUUUCAUAUGCCACAGAAUACACACUGACGGUUUUUACAGUGUAGUUUCUGUGUUUUCAUAUGCCACAGAAUCCACACUGACGGUUUUUACAGUGUAGGUUCUGUGUUUUCAUAUGCCACAGAAUACACACUGACGGUUUUUACAGUAUAGUUUCUGUGUUUUCAUAUGCCACAGAAUCCACACUGACGGUUUUUACAGUAUAGUUUCUGUGUUUUCAUAUGUCACAGAAUCCACACUGACGGUUUUUACAGUGUCGUUUCUGUGUUUUUUUAUGCCACAGAAUAUACACUGACUGUUUUUACAGUGUUGUUUCUGUCGCUGAACUCAUUGUUUCCACUUCCUGACGUGGUUUCCUCUGACUCCACCUUCAUUUGAAUCUUUGAAUCAUUUGAUCAUAAACUUCUGACAUGAAUCUUUAAUUAUUCAUUUGUCUCUGAUCAGGUUCUAAAUGUGAGUUAAGUGAAAUAAUGAAUGCAGAUUCGAAGUCUGACUCAUUUGUUUAUUAGAGACAAAAACACAGAAAUGAGAGAAGGUUUUUGAGUGGGUCGUGGUUUGAUUCCUGGCAGGAUAUUGAACCCUGCGUCUCCUCUGAAGGUAAUUAUUUCUCUGUCACGGAGUGAACGUGUUAUUCUGGAGUCGAUUUGAUUAAACCUUUCAAUAUUUAAACAUGUUUACACAACAACAACACUCUCAUUUAACAUUCAACUGGUUAUAAAUUCACCAGGAAGCUGUUUGUUCAUUCACUCAUUCAUUCAUUCACCGCGUCUCGUUUUCUCCUCGACUGAGUAAAAAAUAAGACCUAG